AUGGCUCCUUCGAAAUCCUUGUUCAUACUUUUUCUCUGGGCAAGGUCACUCCUCCUUCCCCUACCGCUCCUCGCCCAGUCACAGUCAAUAAUUCCGGUAGCAUCUUUACUCCCACCAGACUCUCCAAAUGCCGGCGCAACAUUGUUUGAAUAUGAAAGACUCCAGCUAACGGAAGAACUUGUACAACGAGUCAGAGAGCAGGAGAAAACAGCAAAGUAUGGUAGCUUCUUUGCCUUUGGUGAUCUAGAUAGUCCCAAAGCAAUGCUUAAAAAUGGAUCCUGCAAAUUAUUCCCAGGGGACAAGUCGUGGCCCAAAGAAGAUUUAUGGGAUGCUUUCGAUAAUCUUCUGGGGGGAGCACUAAUUCCUACCACUCCAAUUGCAGCUCCCUGCUACAAGAACUGGGGCUUGUACGAUUCGGAAAAAUGCGCUGCUGUGAUUGCAAACUGGACGAAUCCCUAUCUUCAGUAGGUUCUCUCGCUAUUUCAAGCACUCUAAUUCUUGUUAACCCCUAUACCAAUGAAGCAGAUCCGACAUCCGUUGCCUUCCAAAUUUUCCAAGGUCGUACCUGCCUGCCAACAAGUAACCUGAAUGGGACCUGUACACUUGGUGGAUAUCCAGCUUAUGCCGUCAAUAUCAGUAACGUUGCACAGAUACAAUUGGCGGUCAAUUUCGCUCGUAAUGCUAACAUCAGGCUGGUGAUUAAAAAUACGGGACAUUGCUAUUUGGGCAAGUCAGGCGGUGCGGGGGCUUUGAGUGUUUGGACGCAUAGUUUGAAGGACAUUGAACUUAUUGAUGACUAUAAAGUAGGAGAGUAUGAAGGAAAGGCUUUAAAGUUGGGUGCUGGAGUCACGGUCAGAGAAGUGUAUCUGGCCGCUCAUAGGCACGGUGUUACGGCACUUGGUGGUAUUUGUGAUGUGAGCUUCCUUGGCCCUCCUUCUUUCCAAUGCUUGGGAAUCCUCCAUCGAACUUUACAGAAACUGACUCGGAAUAGACUGUGGGUUAUGCCGGUGGGUAUAUUGCUGGAGGAGGACAUACGCUACUCUCUGGUAUCUAUGGAAUGGCCGCAGAUCAAGUACGUUUUAUAUUUUACUUUGGAUCAUCAGGCGCCAAUACUUCAAAAGAUUGUAUAUAAUGAAUAUAUAAUUUUCUUGGGGAGACGUACUAAUUUCUAGGGUCUAUAUUCUAGGUCAUGGCCCUCGAAGCUGUAACCGCAGAUGGAAAGAAAAUCACUGCCUCUCAAAUGAGCCACCCGGACCUUUGUUGGGCACUUCGUGGCGGAGGAGGAAGUACCUUCGCAAUUGUAACCUCGAUAAUAAUCCGUGUACACCCAAAACUCCCAGUGACUCUCUCCUCGUUCUCAUUCAAUUCCACCUUAGUCGGCAAAGAGGCAUUCUGGCUCGGAGUCAGAGCCUACUUCGAACUUUUCAUUCCCUUCACAGACGCAGGUACCUAUUCAUAUUUCUGGAUAUACAACACAAACGGGACUUACAGUAUGGAUAUGAAGCCCUUCUGGGCACUAAACCACACGAUCGCCUCAUUCAACGACCUAGUACAACCUUGGUUCCAGAAACUCAGUCACUUGGGUAUUCCUUUCACACCAGCAACGAAGAGUUACCCAGAAUUUUGGCCUGCAUUUGAUGAAGCCUGGCCUCCUGGAAGCGGAGCAGUUGGGGGCUGGACCACUCGACCAGGAAACCGUCUCUUCCCGCGAGCAAAUUGGGAGGAUCCUGUCAAAUUCAAUCAAACAUUUUCUGCUAUUCAAGAAAGCAGCAAGAGCGGCUAUCGCCUUGGUGGAUACCACCAAACACCACGUAACCGAGCUCAUGUCUCCAACGCAGUCAAUACCGCAUGGAGAACGGCUAUCUCGUUUCUAAUUCUAGGUAUCAAUGUCGCGGGAGAUGCCACACCUGCCGAGAUGGGUGCAGCAUCGGCUGAAUUAGAGGAUGCGUUGGAACCUUGGAGAAGGAUUGCCCCAAACGGAGAAGGUGGUGGCAGCUACUUGAAUGAAGCGGAUAUCGGGGAGCCUGAUUGGCAGAGCGCAUUUUACGGUGAAAAUUAUCCCAGACUAAGGGAGUUGAAGGACAAGUGGGACCUGGAGGGUGUCUUUUAG